AGGGAAGAAGAGGAGGAGAGGGAGGGAUAAGAAAGAGUGAGGUGUGAGAAAAGAGAGGCAGAGCAAAGAGAGAGAGGAGCGCAGAAAGAGGACUGAAACAAUAAAGAAAAAGAGUGAGCAGAGAAGAAGAAAGGACAAAUAGUGAGAGGAAGAGAGGAUGCUGCUGCAGCAGAGCUUCUGACUUCGGAAGAGUUUUUCCUUGGACAUGGUUGAGAUGUUUCAUCCUGGGGUUUGACUCUGAGCAUCUACAGUGAGUGUGUUGUGUGAAGCCAUGGCAAGUGCUCAGCCGGGAGUCCAUGCACUGAAACUCCAGCCUCCCUGUGUCUCACACACCCUGAGGAACGGAAGCAACUUCAUUAAAUGGGAUGAGGAUUUAUCAACAGUCACUCCAGUGACUCUACAUGUGGAUGCACAUGGAUUUUACCUCUUCUGGACUGAUCAAAACAAGGACAGAGAGUUGUUGGACCUGACCCUUGUGAAGGAUGUCAGAACUGGUAGAAGCACCAAACCUCCCAAGGAAGCCAAGCUGCGGGAGCUACUCGAUGUGGGAAAUCUUGUUGGUCGGCUGGAGAACCGCAUGGUUACCGUGGUCACGGCCUCUGACCUGGUGAAUGUUGGCCAACUGAACUUCAUCGCUUCGCAAGAGGACGAAGCCAAGGUGUGGUGUGAGGAGCUGUUUUCUCUGUCUUCCAACCUGCUGAGCCACAACCUCAACAGAGACCAGAGUCUGCUGAAAGCGUACAUCAAACUGACUCUUCAGCCAAAUGCAGAAGGAAAAAUUCCUGUGAAAAACAUUGGUCGGCUGUUUUCAUUGGACAGAAAGAGAAUUGAGAAUGCCCUUGAGAUCUGCAAACUGCCAUAUGGACGGGGUGACAGCAUUAGACUGGAGGACUUCACUCUGGAUGUUUACAGGAACUUCCUGGACAGUCUGUGUCCUCGUCCCGAGCUCAGCAACAUCUUCAAACUGCAAGGAGACGAAAGUGGGAGACUGUCAGUCGAUCAGAUGACAGAGUUCAUCAACAACAAGCAGAGAGACCCGAGGCUCAAUGAAAUUCUUUAUCCCCCUCUACGCCCUGCACAGACAAACACUUUAAUGGAACGGUACCAACAUGACCAGGACCAUCUAAAGCAAGGCGUUAUCUCUCUCCAGGCUUUUUCCAGCUAUCUGUCGAGCGACGAAAACGGAGUCAUUCCUCCCGAGAAACUGGAUCAGUCUGAAGACAUGAACUUCCCAUUGUCUCACUAUUUCAUCAACUCGUCACAUAACACCUACCUGACAGCUGGCCAGCUGGCAGGAAGCUCCUCAGUCGAGAUGUACCGGCAGGUUAUGCUGGCAGGUUGUCGCUGUGUAGAAUUAGAUGUGUGGAAAGGACGAACUGCUGAGGAGGAGCCAGUCAUAACUCACGGGUUCACCAUGACAUCUGAAAUCUCGUUUAAGGAGGUGAUUGAAGCCAUCGCAGAAUGCGCCUUUAAGACUUCAGCUUUUCCUGUUAUACUUUCAUUUGAAAACCACGUAGACUCCUUGAAGCAGCAGGCAAAAAUGGCCGAAUAUUGUCGAUCUAUUUUUGGAGAAGCACUGCUGAUUGAUCCUCUGGAUAAAUACCCUCUGGAGGCUGGCGUCCCCCUGCCCAGUCCUCAGGAGCUGAUGGGCAAAAUCCUCAUCAAAAACAAGAAAUCUCACAAACCCGCCAAUAUCACCGACACCAAGAGGCUAAUUGACCUGCCUGCCAAUCAAAGCAACGAGCCAGUGUCUCCUAGCAACAACACAGGAGACAUGGAGGCUGAGAGUGAAGAAGAUGAUGAUGAUGAAGAUGAUGAUGGUAAAAAGGGGUCCGCAGAGCGAGAGGCUGUUGCUACAGAGGAGAUGUCAACUCUGGUAAACUAUGUCCAGCCGACCAAGUUCAACUCAUUCGAAGCAUCAAAGAAGGCAGCCCGCUGUUACCACAUGUCGUCUUUUGUGGAGACCAAAGCGUUGGAGCAUCUCACAAAGUCACCAGUGGAGUUCGUGGAAUAUAAUAAAUCCCAGCUGAGUCGUAUAUAUCCAAAAGGAACCAGAGUGGACUCGUCAAACUUUAUGCCUCAACUGUUCUGGAACGCUGGAUGUCAGCUUGUGGCUCUUAACUACCAAACUAUUGAUCUGUCCAUGCAGUUGAACCUCUUCAUGUUUGAGUACAACGGGCGCAGUGGCUACCGACUGAAACCAGAGUUCAUGAGGCGGCCAGACAAACACUUUGACCCUUUCACAGAAAACACAGUGGAUGGCAUCGUAGCAAAUACUCUCUCUGUGAAGGUCAUUUCAGGCCAAUUUCUAACUGAACGGAGGGUGGGUGUUUAUGUGGAGGUGGACAUGUUUGGACUCCCUGCAGACACAAGGAGGAAAGCUCUGAAGACCAAAACUUCCCAGAACAACAAUGCUAUCAAUCCAGUGUGGGACGAGGACCCCAUCGUCUUCAAGAAGGUCAUUCUUCCGACUUUGGCCUCUCUGAGGAUUGCUGCAUUUGAGGAAGGAGGAAAGUUCAUUGGCCAUCGAAUUAUUCCUGUGUCUGCCAUACGACCAGGUUAUCGUUACAUUGGCUUGAGGAAUGAGAAAAAUCAGUCUCUGAUUUUGCCGGCUGUGUUUGUCUAUAUUGAAGUCAAAGACUAUGUCCCAGAUACAUUUGCAGAUGUGAUCGAGGCUCUGUCCAACCCGAUCCGAUAUGUUAACCUCUUAGAGCAGAGAGCUAAACAACUGGCAGCUCUGACUCUGGAGGACGGCGAGGAGGAGACACAGACCGAGGAUGAGACGGACACGGGAGCAGAGCAUAAGAACGACCUGAAACCGGCUCCACUUGAAAAUGGACUUGGUCCGACCUCAGGUCCAGUGGGCCACACCCCUGUUGCUACAACGCCAAAAGCCUCAGCAGCCAAUCAUCAAGCAGCUACAACAGAAGCAGCCAAACCAGCAACAAGGACUGAAGAUCUGGUUUUAAGUGUUUUGAUAGAUAUCCCAGCAUGCACCUUAGAUGCCCUGCAGCAGUCCAAAGUUUACCAGAAGGAGCAGAGACGUCAAUUUAAGGAGCUCAAGGAGCUGGUCAGGAGACACCAGAAGAAGACCUCAGAGCUCCUUCGAGAGUUCAGCAACAAGUAUAAGAAGAUGGCCAGGCAGUGCAGCAAGAGCAGGGGUUCGUGUUCGGAGGGUGAGAAAGACGAGCGUCUCCAGCAGCUGAAAGACGAGCAGCAGCAGCAGCUUCUAGCUUUGAGGCAGGAACAGUACUACAGUCAGAAAUAUCUGCAGAGAGAACAUAUUAAGAUGCUUACAGAGCGACUGACCAGUCUGGCUGAAGAGAGUCAUAACUCUCAGAUGAAGAAGCUUAAAGAUAUCUGUGACAAGGAGAAGAAGGAGCUUAAGAGACAGAUGGAUCGACGGAGAACUGAGAAGAUCAACCAAGCCAAGACCAAAGAGAAACAUCUGGCUGAGGAGGAGAAGAUUGAGAUCAACAAGUCCUACGUUAAUGAGGUUGUACAAAACAUCAAGCGGCUUGAGGAAACUCAAACGAAGCGUCACGAUCAGCUAGUGGAGCAGCAUAAUGACCUCCUGCAGGAGAUCCAAGACCAGAAACCAAAGCUGCAGGCGGCUGUGGAGGCAGAGUUUCAGGAGAAGUUCCAGCGUUUGCCCGGCGAGAUCCGAGACUUCCUGCAGGACAGGAAGUUGGAGGGCAGAGGUCACAGCAAGUCCCGACCAUCAACUCCUCACGAAGUUCUUUCAGAGGAGGACUGAGCAGAACAAAGGAUAAAGAGAGAUGAAACUGAAAAUGAAACUGAAAGAAAGUGAGGAGUUUUGUUGAGGAAGUAAAUAUUUAUAGACUGUUAACUUUUUAAUGGAAAAUUAAACUUUGACAGUUUUUUAAAUUAGUUGAAGCAUGCACUGUGUUGUACUUCAGCAUUUAAUCAGAUGUCAUUUGGUCUUAUGUUCUACCAACAGUCUGACAACUUACUGCAUGAUGUCUAUCUAUCUAUCUAUCUAUCUAUCUAUCUAUCUAUCUAUCUAUCUAUCUAUCUAUCUAUCUAUCUAUCUAUCUAUCUAUCUAUCUAUCUAUCUAUCUAUCUAUCUAUCUAUCUAUCUAUCUAUCUAUCUAUCUAUCUAUCUAUCUAUCUAUCUAUCUAUCUAUCUAUCUAUCUAUCUAUCUAUCUAUCUAUCUAUCUAUCUAUCUCAUCAUAAAUAUAGAUUCCAUUAUGAAUUUCAUCACCAGUUAUUAUUUAUGAAGAAUUUCUCUUUGCACACUCUGUUCAUAUGUCUUUGUGCACACGUAGGAGCCAACCCACACAUACACAUUCUGAUCUGGCAGGUUCAAUGGAGCAGAGAGUUCAAACACCGGUAGCUUCUUUGUUUCUGUUGUCUAAAACAGGAACUAAGGGACAGUUUUUAAAAUAAAUAUUAGAGAGGAAAUAGUCAGGUUUUCUUGUUUAUUGCCCGAGAGGACCUUCGAUGGGAUCCUAUCUUUACUGAUCACCCCUAAAUGCACACAGAGAAAACUUACUGCAGCAAAAACAUAAGUCUACCUAAUUUUGCAAUCUCUUUUAGUCUCAUAAUUUUCUAUCAUAUAAAGAUGUUUGACAGUUUUUAAUCCCUAACACAAUGCCAAGAUGGAAAGGCAUCACCAAUGAUCUUAUUGUUGCUGCCCAUGAAUCUGUGAAAGCUUCAACAUAAAAACAGUUUAAUGGUUGUCCAGGUGCUUUGUGUUGUCAUUACUUUACCCUUUGUUUUUUUACCUUGCAAUUGCAAUUUCUAUGGAAAACACUGCCUAAGAGGACCAAGAGAUCCCCUGUCCAAAAAACUGAAAGAAGAUUGCUCCAUAACAAACUGGUCAAAAUGGAAGGACCACAAUUACUUAGACGUGAGCCAAAAAAGGCUGUCAUCAAAGAGGUCAAAGGUAACCCUAAACCUGUUGUUUCUGUCCAGGAGCAUAAAGCUUACAUCCAUGGGUAAAAAGAAAGUAUCCCCUUGUCACUUAUAUGAUUGUAACAGUUACAGGCUUAGUCUUAAAGUUGUUUAUAAUGAUCGUUAACUCCUUCCAUUAACAGAACUCAGUAAAAUUUAGGGGAAUGCGUGAGAAUGGCGAAGGAAGCAAGUUGAUGAAUUUUCAGAAUGUGUCCUCAGAGUUCCUGCUGUGCAAUGAUCAGGAGGUCAGAUGUUUGUUGCCACUGCAUGAUCUUCUUUAAUGUGAAACCCAUCCACACUGAACAGCCUGAUAAUGUGUUUACUUAUUUGAUGUAAUUUCAUGCUAUUUAAUUAAGAAGAACCACCAUGAAACAGUUUGACUUCUUGUUUGUUGUGAAACUGUAUAAUGAACCAAGCGUGUUCCUCUUUGUACAGGGAUCCUACAGAACGUUUGGUGCAUCAUUUUCCAGGUUUGAGUUUAUGAAUCUAAAGCCAGUCUGUGUAGAACAGCAGUUUUCUUUUUCCAAAGAAUAUUUCCAACUGAUGUAAAUUUCUGACAAAUAGGUUCCUUUUCAAAUGAUUAGUUGAAAUCAUUUGAUUUCCACCACAGGGUCAGUGCCACGUUGACCCUGUGGUGGAAUGCUUUGUUAAACUUAACUCUCAUUGAGCAGUUACACUGAGCAUGCUUUGUUGUCCUGAGUUCCUCUGCCUCUGAAAUUGAUUCUUGGUUUUGUUGAAUGCUAUUUGACUAUAAAUAAAGAAAAUAAUAAAAUGCUUAAUCUAAAAAUGA